CACUCGGCGGCCACGGCGCGAUGGAGGCGCCGGCCGAGCUGCUGGCUGCGCUACCCGCGCUGGUCACCGUGCUAGCGCUGCUGCUGGCCUGGCUGCUGGUGCGGCGCGGGGCGGCCGCGAGCCCGGGGCCCCCGGAGCCUGCGCCCCGGGCCGAGGCCAGCGGGACCCCCGCGCCGCUCAACCCCUGCGCCACGGAGUCAGCGGUCGCGUCCGAGGGCCCGGAGGAGCCCGCUGGACCCGGGGAGCCCGAGGUGGCGCCGGCCGAGGCGGAGGAGCAGGCGGCGGAGGCGAGGCAGGAAGAGGAACAGGACUCAGACAGUGAGAGGGGCCCACCCCCAGCAGGACCAGAGGAAGAGGACGGAGAGGCCUUCAACUUCAAAUACAGCCCCGGGCAGCUGAGGGGGGACCAGUACAGGAAAAUGAUGACCAAGGAAGAGCUGGAGGAGGAGCAGAGAGUGCAGAAGGAACAGCUGGCUGCCAUCUUCAAGCUCAUGAAGGACAACAAGGAGACGUUUGGCGAGAUGUCCGACGGUGACAUGCAGGAACAGCUCCGGCUCUAUGACAUGUAGGCCUGUCACCUAGCAAGACGUGACACAGGACAUCCCCCUGCCCUGUCAGUCCUCUGUUAUGACCCUUGACCUAUGCACUUGUGAUUUCCAGACUUUUGUAGACCUAACUUUACCUUCUCGACUUAGAUGCAGACCUAUAUUCUAUCUGACUUGUGCCGUUCUUGCAAGAGUUGGAUCACUGUAGAGGAACCAACAUUGUGCUUCUUAGAGGAGGAAGUGCCUGACAGCGCUGGCUUUUGCCUGCUGGCAAGGUUCCAGCUGUGACGUGCCCUGUGCAUGGAUUCUGAUCCAGUCCUAUUUUCCCUGCAGGGCCAGGGUAGGUGUUCCUGGAGGGCUGACUUCAGGGCUUGGUGCUGGGCCCCAGCACGUGGACAGAGUCGAGGGGUGCUAGGGGAAGAUCAGUAGCAGUUCCUGCUGCCGGUGUGUCUAGUUACUCUCAUUCUGCCUUAGAAGGGUUUCUGGAAGCGUCUGUCCUAGUAGGGGAGCAAGCAGCAGGGGAGCAUGCUUUUAGGAAAAGACCUAAUUCAAAGGCUCACCUUCCACCUCGGGACAGAACGGUGGUGUCAGAGUUAAUAUCCCCCAAGCACUGAAGCAGAUGCUUCCUUUAAAGGUAAUUAAGACUAGAGUACAUAUGAUGCCCUCCAUCUACGCCAGACACUAUGGGAAUAAAAUGCACACGGGGCUGGGGUGUAGUUCAGUGGUAGAGCACACACCUAGCAUGCGUGAGGCCCUGGAUUCCAUCCCCAACACUGGAAUAAAACAAACACACAGAAAACGAUAUAAUCCAUAGCUUUAGGGAGAUUAAAGUCCUUUGGAGAAGACAGGCCUGUAUGCAGAGAAAGAAAGAGAACCUUGCAAGAAAGCUGUAGGGCAGGGACGCCUCAGUUCUGAGUAGCUGGGUGAUGAUUAGGGGGGGAUAGGGAGAAAGAAUGACUGGCUCCUUCAUGCCCACAGCUCCUGCUUCUCAUGGCCCCACUGGGGAAAAUUCAGUUCCCGAGCAAACUGGGCUGAGGAGGGCAUGCAAAGGAGAGAAACUAUGAAAGUUCUUAGAUUUUUAUUUGCUGAUAGAAAACCGCAUCCGCACACUGAAUUAAAGAGGCAGUGGCAUUUUCACACAAAACUCAGUAACCGUGGAGGGUGCAGUUCACUUCUUUCCAUCACCACUGCAUGCUUGAAAAUUUGAGGGACCUCACUUCUGUCUGCAGUUGUUAACUCCAACAGCACAUGCUCUGUGUCUGCCAUAAUGUCACAAAUGUGUUCUCUUUUCAAAUUAGCUUUGUCAAUGCUUUUUUCUUUUUAAAGAAAUACUUUUUUUUUUGUGACUGCUUUUUAAAAAAUAUUAUGAUUUGAGAACUAUUUGUUCCUUUCCCGGGUCCCAGGGAACUCUGAUGUCCCCAGACGCAGGUGAGCAGGCAAGGGUGAAGACUCUGUCUUCCUUCUCUGUCCCAAGACCAUGCUGUCUAUCUGAUCUCUUUUUCCUCUCCUCCCUCCCUGGACCCUCCUUUUCUGAUUAUACCAAACUAGAAUGACUCAUGAGCACUGGAGUCAAAAUCCUCAUUGCUGUGGGGGAAAAAAGAACUUUUGUAAACUUGUAGCAGCUAAGAUAUUCCAACUGCAGCGAACAGGAAACUCCACCCAACUGGCUUCAACAAGAGAAGUUCAAAGGAAGAGUGGCUGUAGGCUCAUGAUGGUCAGGGCCAAGCUGCAAUUUUCUUGGCUCAGUCUUCCUCCCUUUGUGGGCUUUUGCUGUAAACUGGCUGUCCUUGUGGUGCAAGAUGGCUGCAGGAGUUCAGGUGUCACAUCCAGAAGCAGGAAAAGGCCAUCUGUUGCUUGUGUCUCUAGGAAAUGGUCCCGAUAUCCCACCCUACCUCCCAUCAGGUCCCAAGUGACCACAGUAUGUCAUGUGCCCAUGCUUCCACAAUCAUGACCAAGGAGACUCCGUGGUUGGUUGUAAUACCUGGAACUCGGAGUGGGCCAAGCUCCUACCGCAAAUUCCUGCAACCCCAGUCAAAGAAACUCCACAUGGAAUACAGCUGUCCUGUGCCAUAGUUGAGUCCCACUUCUUGGAGUUCCUUUAGUUUCUACUUGUUGUGGCAUCUAGGUUCAUGAACAACCACUAGUUCAAUCACACAUGGUCAGCGCACUUAGAUUCCACCGGCUACAUCCCAAUAACACCCUACAUUCAAAGAGAGUCUAAUAAACUUUGUGAUAAAAAGGAGAAAAUAGCUAUGAGUCUGAAAGGCCAGUGGGAUAGAAAUGCUCAGUGUCACACGAGGUUGAGUACUUGGGAGUCUAUCCAGGAGGUUUACUUUGGGACAAUUUCUUUUGUUGUACCAUAAAAACCUUAUUCCUUCCUGUCACAUGUAGGAAUCAAACUGUAAAUUCCAGAUGGCAAAAGGACCUUACCAGGUGCUCUGACUGCUUGAGGAUCCCACUCCCUCUUAGAAGUGGGACUUAUGUCAAGGGCUGGAGGCAGGGUUCAAGUGAUAGAACGCUUGUAUUGCAAGCAAAAAGUCCUGAGUUCAAAGCCUAGUCCUACCUCCCCCCCAAAAAGGACUAAUACCUACGG